GGCUGUCAUUUACAAUCAGGGGAUCAUGGCUCCGCGAUACGAAAUCUGCGUUGGUCUCAAUAAGGGCCACAAAACCACCAAGAUAAAGCAACUGCAGUACCGUGGAGAUCGCAAGGUCAAAGGAAUCCGCCCGCCUCGCACUAAGGGAAUUCAGACCAAGCACACCAAAUUCGUCAGCGAUCUGGUACGUGAGGUUGUCGGUCAUGCACCGUACGAGAAGCGCGGUAUGGAAUUGCUGAAGGUGUCGAAGGAUAAGCGUGCGCUUAAAUUCCUGAAGCGUCGCCUCGGUACGCACAUCCGCGCCAAGAGGGUGCGUGAGGAACUGUCCAACAUUCUCGCCCAUAUGCGUAAGGCCGUCCACAAGUAA